CUUCCUUUCGUUCAUGCGUCGCUCCAUGAUGCGGCGUGCUUGCUUCUUUCGCGCCAUGUGCCGCUGACUUCCCUGUAUCGUUAAGUGCAAAUUCCCCACUUUUCUGAUUUGAUAUGGGUGCAUUAUCUAAUUUUAAGCGGGUGCAGCAGUGGGCAACGUUUACGCGCCGUUGGCUUCUGUACGACGCGCGAUGGCAGAACCCAUUUCAGUCCGCCGAGAUGAUCUCCGACGUGCUGCAAGGCAAACACAAACCGAUAUUUUCCCCCACAAGUGACUGCGGUGACCACGUCGUGGUGACGAACUGCAGCGAGAUCGCCAUGCCUUGGUACGAGUGGAAGUACCGCAUGUAUUACCACGAUACACGCUUCGCUGGCGGGCGCUCUUGGACACCAGCGUGGCAAGUGCAGGACAAGGACGCGACAAAGGUUCUUUGGAAGGCUGUGUACAGGGCACUGCCAGGCGACCUGAACAGGCGGACCCGAAUGGCCAGGUUGCAUCUGUUCACAGACGACAAGGUGCCUCGCGAAGUUAUGGAAAACAUCUCGGGUCAACUGAGGCAGCUCCGACGUGCACCCAAGAAGCUCGUAGAGUACUCCGAUGAGGAGCAAGCAAAGUUCCCGAAAGUCUUUGACUAUCCAGACGACUACAUUAUCAAGUAACCUAGCCAACGUAACUGUUCGCAAGUCGCUGUAGCUAAACUUGUGCGAAUUGUUCAUCUCGAGCACACUUUACCGUUUGCGGACAUUGAAUGUGAAAUAAAGCGGUACUGUUCACUUCAAA